AUGAAACAAAUUCAAACACAACAAUUAAAGUUGAAACAACGAAUAUCCUCAGUUAAACAAGAACUUGAAGAUCAUGAAAAUACCACAGGCAUUUGUAGCAAGAGGGAUGAAAUUUGUCUACAGCAAUUUUUAAAAUCUGAGGUUACGGUUGAGGAGGAUAUAAAGCAAGAAACUAUCGAUGAGCAAGAUGCUGAUACAAGUUCCAAUGAAAAACCUUAUAUAUUUAAUGAAGACAUCAGUAAUUCAAGUUAUUCAAGCACAUCAUUCGAAAGCGUUUCUGAAAAAUGUACAACAAGCGAUAAUCUAAAGCUCCAUGAAUGUGAAAUAUGUAAUAAAACAUUCACACGUAAGACAAAUUUAAAGCAACAUAAAAUGAUUCAUACAGGUGAACGUCCUUUUAGUUGUGAAAUAUGCAAUAAAACAUUCACAACGAAGCGACCAUUAAAGGAACAUAGAAUGCUUCACACUGGAGACAGGCCUUAUGAAUGUAAAAUAUGCCAUAAAACAUUCGUAGCAAAGAAAAUAUUAAAACAACCAUGA